AGAGAUCUUCAAGUGUCUGUCUUUCUCUCCCCCUCUGUCUUCCCUUUCUGUCUUGAUCUCUCUCUGUUCUAUCUAACAACAGCAGUGGCAACAAUAACAAGGGCAACAAAAUGGGAAAUAGGGCAUUGGAUUCAUAGUGCAGGCACUGAGCCCCAGUGAUAACCCUGGAGACAAAAAACAAACAAACCAAAAACACCAAAAAAACUUCUAUCUGUUCUUUUUUUAAAUAAAAAACCGGCAAUUUCUUUGCUUUUGUGUCUUGCUGCUCCUCUGAAGAACAGAAGGCACGUCCUAAGAACCUGUACUUCUCCUGUACUACAUAAGAAAAAAUGGAUAUACCAAAUCCCCCAACGUCCAAAUGUAUCACUUAUUGGAAAAGAAAAGUUAAAUCUGAAUAUAUGCGACUUCGACAACUUAAACGGCUGCAAGCAAACAUGGGUGCAAAGGCUCUAUAUGUAGCAAAUUUUGCAAAGGUUCAAGAAAAAACCAAGAUACUCAACGAAGAAUGGAAGAAACUUCGUGUUCAGCCUGUCCAGUUGAUGAAGCCUGUGAGUGGGCAUCCUUUUCUCAAAAAGUGCACCAUAGAGAGUAUUUUCCCAGGAUUUGCAAGUCAACAUAUGUUAAUGAGGUCCCUGAACACAGUCGCAUUGGUUCCUAUCAUGUAUUCCUGGUCCCCUCUCCAGCAGAACUUUAUGGUAGAAGAUGAAACAGUGUUAUGUAAUAUUCCCUACAUGGGAGAUGAGGUGAAAGAAGAAGACGAGACUUUCAUUGAGGAGCUGAUCAAUAACUAUGAUGGAAAAGUCCACGGUGAAGAAGAAAUGAUCCCUGGAUCUGUCCUGAUUAGUGAUGCUGUCUUUCUGGAGUUGGUAGAUGCCCUGAAUCAGUACUCAGAUGAGGAGGAGGAAGGACACAAUGACACCUCAGAUGGAAAGCAAGAUGACAGUAAAGAAGACCUGCCAGUAACAAGAAAAAGGAAACGACUUAUUGAAGGCAACAAAAAGAGUUCCAAGAAACAGUUCCCAAAUGACAUGAUCUUCAGUGCAAUUGCCUCAAUGUUCCCUGAGAAUGGUGUACCAGAUGAUAUGAAGGAAAGGUAUCGAGAGCUAACAGAGAUGUCAGACCCCAAUGCACUGCCCCCUCAGUGCACACCCAACAUUGAUGGUCCCAACGCCAAGUCUGUGCAGAGGGAGCAGUCUCUGCAUUCCUUCCAUACACUUUUUUGUCGGCGCUGCUUUAAAUACGACUGCUUCCUUCACCCUUUUCAUGCCACCCCUAAUGUAUAUAAACGCAAGAACAAAGAAAUCAAGAUUGAACCAGAACCAUGUGGCACAGACUGCUUCCUUUUGCUGGAGGGAGCAAAGGAAUAUGCCAUGCUCCACAAUCCUCGCUCCAAGUGCUCUGGCCGUCGCCGGCGAAGGCACCACAUGGUCAGUGCUUCCUGCUCCAAUACUUCAGCCUCUGCUGUGGCUGACACGAAAGAAGGGGACAGCGACCGGGACACAGGCAAUGACUGGGCUUCCAGUUCCUCAGAAGCUAACUCUCGCUGUCAGACCCCCACGAAACAGAAGGCUAGUCCGGCUCCACCUCAACUGUGUGUAGUAGAAGCACCCUCAGAGUCAGUGGAAUGGACUGGAGCUGAAGAAUCUCUUUUUCGAGUCUUUCAUGGCACCUACUUCAAUAACUUCUGUUCAAUAGCCAGGCUUCUGGGGACUAAGACCUGCAAACAGGUUUUCCAGUUUGCAGUUAAAGAAUCACUUAUUCUGAAGCUGCCAACUAAUGAACUCAUGAACCCCUCACAGAAGAAGAAAAGGAAGCACAGAUUGUGGGCUGCACACUGCAGGAAAAUCCAGCUGAAGAAAGAUAACUCUUCUACACAAGUCUACAACUAUCAGCCCUGCGACCACCCAGACCGCCCUUGUGACAGUACCUGCCCCUGCAUCAUGACUCAGAAUUUCUGUGAGAAGUUCUGCCAGUGCAACCCAGACUGUCAGAAUCGUUUUCCUGGCUGUCGUUGUAAGACCCAGUGCAAUACCAAGCAGUGUCCUUGCUAUCUAGCAGUGCGAGAGUGCGACCCUGACCUUUGUCUCACCUGCGGGGCCUCAGAGCACUGGGACUGCAAGGUGGUUUCCUGUAAAAACUGCAGCAUCCAGCGUGGCCUCAAGAAGCACCUGUUGCUGGCCCCUUCAGAUGUGGCCGGAUGGGGCACCUUCAUUAAGGAGUCUGUGCAGAAGAACGAAUUCAUUUCUGAAUAUUGUGGUGAGCUUAUCUCUCAGGAUGAAGCUGAUCGACGAGGGAAGGUCUACGACAAGUACAUGUCCAGUUUCCUCUUUAAUCUCAACAAUGAUUUUGUAGUGGAUGCUACCCGGAAGGGAAACAAAAUUCGAUUUGCAAACCAUUCAGUGAACCCCAAUUGUUAUGCCAAAGUGGUUAUGGUGAAUGGGGAUCAUCGGAUUGGGAUCUUUGCCAAAAGGGCAAUUCAGGCUGGAGAAGAGCUUUUCUUUGAUUACAGGUAUAGCCAAGCGGAUGCUCUCAAGUAUGUGGGGAUCGAGAGGGAGACUGACGUCCUUUAACCCUCCUGGCCCCACACCAGUACUCAUGGUAGCAGCACUGUCUUUGCUUUCAUGCACACACCACUGCUGCUGAGUUUCCUGCACUGUUUGUCUCUCACACUGAGAAACCCCACGCCCACUCCCUCUGUAGUGAGGCCUCAGCUGUGUCCAGCAGGGACAAAACUGUCUUAGAGGGCAGACAGAGGCAGCUAGGGCUUAGUACCCCAGGAAAGAGAUUUGCACAAAUGGGAGACUGUUUCUUUUCAGCUACCAGCAUAUGGCUCUUAGAGAAUCAACUUGGACAGUUCCUACCAAGUGUUAACCUGUAACACUGACUUUCCAAAGCCACGGUCCUUUAUAGCUAGGUUGUCAGCAUAUCUCUCUGUGGUCCUUAGACUGGCAGGACCAGCUAAGGGACACUUGAUAUCCUAGAGCCUGAGUGGUCUGGUUUAAAGGCAAGUCGGGUGAGCAGCACAGACUGAAUUCAAAGGGGAAAUGGGUCAGCUUACUACCUCUUCACUCCUGGCAGGGCUCAACCUGAAAGAGUGUGGGUUUUAAUUUCAAUUCUGGAAGAAGGAAAGCUAAGUGCUGUCCUUCCACAGAGAGGGAGAACCAGCCUGACGACAGUGGCUAAACUGCUAAGCCUGGGGCCCCGGAAGGCUUUGAGAAUGCCUUCUCUGCAUACCCUGGAGAUGGAUGGAUGAGUUUCAGAUUCCCUGGAGCAAGUGCCAGUGCCCUCUCAGUUCCUUCUGAAGUUGUGGCUCAGCUACCACAGGCAGGCAUUACCCUGCCCUGUGUAUGCAGACGGCAUGCUGGAGAAGUAUGAAAGGGCUGUGCUGGUCUAGUCACAACGUAGCAAAAGGGAAGUUUUUGGGGUUUUUUUGGUAGGGGCUGUGCUGGUCUGAGCUUUCAGACCUUUCAUUCCCCUUCAGUGCCACUGUUGUUUAUCUCUUCAGGGUGAAUGGGCUCAGGCCUGGACUAGAGAGGGGGCAGAUGACCGGAAAGGUCUACUUUUCUAUUAGUAGAACCUGCUAUUGGAAUGAUGAUUUGGCAGUGUGUGGAAGGAGGGUGAAGGCAUCAUGACAGGUGGCAUCAUGAACACAGUGCAGACUAGUAGCAGGCAUGUGAGGUGUCAAGGAGCAGGCAGACCACCUGUCCCAGUGCAUGUGCCAUUCUCUCUGGGAUUCGUGUGAAGCAAAGCACUUUAUUUCUUUUAGAAGGUCUGUAGAUGGAGGUGGGAUUUGAGCUAAGGUCUCUGGGGUCCCCACCUAAAUCCAUUCCUGAAGGAGGAGGGUGGAAGUUUCUCCUCUAGUUUUGUCUCUUGUCCUGGGGAAGGCAAGAGGGGCUGCUUGGGCAAGAAGUGAAUGAGGAAGGGCCUAGUUCUAAGAGCUGCCCCUGUGUGUAUGGCUGGUGUGCAGAGCCUGCAGUGCUUCCACAGCACGUGCUGGGUAUAAAGGAUGUAGACAGGUUCAGACUGGCCCAGGGAGGAUCACAGCAGGGAGCAGGCUUCCCCCUUCUCUCUGGGGAAACACAGCCUUUUUUCCCUGGGUCUGUGCUGACCACUCCUUUCCUCCAACCCCACUGGCUACCUCUUGAAGCAAGAAGUGAGGUGUCUCUGGCCAACCUGUGAGCCAGGAACUUCUAUGGGACAUACACACACACACACACACACACACACACUCACCACAUUUGUGGGCAUACUUACGCUCAGCACAGGCUCAGCCAGCUCCUGACAGAAGCCUCUUCCCACAUGAUUGGGCCAAAUCUACAUCUUCUGUGGUUUGUAUUCAUCAUGUAUACUGGGGACACCCUUUUGGAGGACUGUGGGCUCUGAAUUACUCCUAACUUAUAGGGGAAACCAGAUACAAAUGAAAGAGUCACUCUGAAAUGCUAGGGGCUGGUUAUGAGGAAUAGGUGGGGAAAAUGAUAUCCAACCUUUAAGAGACCCUUAAACUGACAUCACCCUCUCCUCUGUGUGCAGAAUCACCAUAGUCAGCCUCAACCGCUUCCCCAGCUCCAACCACUGAUAACCCCAUCCUUUUUCCCUCCUGCCCCUUACCUUUAAUGACGGGUCUCAACCUCCCCUCUUCCCACCCCAUACAAGGAUGGAAGGAGAAAGUGGGGGGGGGGGGGCUGGCAGAUGUGCGGCUUUAUUGCCAGUGAACUUCAUGCACUUUAAAGUCCUGUGGCUUGUGACCUCUUACCUGAAUAAAGUGGUAGUAUCCAUA